AUGGAGGUUGCAGGUUGCACUCCUUCUGAGUUAAUUCGGAAGACAACAGAAACUCCGGGUUAGUAAACCAAUUAACUAUACUUAGCAUAUCUUAUCGAACUCAGUACGUUACGCAAACCAUGCACAUAUGCAUUGUAGGCACUGAAUAUGUUCAGUGCCUACCCUGGGUUUGUAAUUAUAAUUAUAGGCUUAUGUAUAAACCUGAUAAUUAUUUAAGCUAUGCCUGUCCAGACGACCGACAUUCCAAGUCGUUGGAGGACGGUCCCAAUUUAUAAAGAGCCUGGGUGUUUCGCUGCGACCUAUCGCCCACUCGGCCCAGUGUGUGUGCUAGGUCCUGGAGGAAAUCCUCCGCGAGCGCUUCUUCAGCUUUCCUGACGUGCACAGCACCGAAAACCAGUCUCCACGGCUUUCUUAAUGCCAUAAACAGAUUAAAAUAGCACGAGGAAGGACCAAACGGUUUUUAGAGAGCCAUCGCGGGCAUACGGACGGAUAGAGAAUGGUAAGAUAGUUCAGUUCGGUUCGGUUUUAUUAACAGCAGGAUAAGUUUGAGCGAGUUUUUUUACAGCAUAGACUGAUCCUCCCGGAUGGGAAGGUGACAUUAUCAUGGUAGCUAAACAACCGGCGGAGACUGCAACACUUUUGGCGAGAGAAUGGAGGAAACGAUGAGGGAGGGAGCGUCAGCGCCUGCGGGUGAGGAGGCACCGGGCAUCUUCACCAACACGCAGUUAUCCCAUCCCCAUCCUGGUUCGUGUCAAGAAGUGACCUCAGCCCGUCCAAACAACCCCCAUCGUCUCCGUAAGGCGUUACACCAUGCCUUACAGUUACGACUUGGCCUGGAAUAUACUUAAUUGGAUAGGCAGUUCUUUGCAGCGGUGGGCUUUUUACCAAUGAGUUUGAGAUGUAACACUGCCUGAGCUGUCAGUCCGUGCCCACCCUUUGUGCGGAACCCUGGUUUAGUGCGGGGGGCCAGGUCGUGUGUGUGGCGCGCGCAGUCGGGCCCUCUAGCUCUGUCAGCCACCGUGCCCCAUCCCAAAUCACACAGCUGGCCAGCUCGGAAAGUGGACUGGUGUCUGAGAGUUGAAAAGAAUGAGGUCGACUCAGCGCGCAUUCCCCACAAUAAACGAUCUGACACGCUGGAAUCUAUCACAGCGCCUUAAAUGUCGUGGCUUUAGAGGCGGCCAGCUGACGAAUAACUCGCCCCUCCUUAAUGUGGAGAGUCUGACUGCAAUUCCUCCUUUGUAAUGGGGCCAUUAUGACAUUUCCGAAAGGGAGGACAGGUGCAGCCGACACCCAUUGAGGUGACGACACGCAACGCAGGAGGCCACCAACAUUCACAAACGACGACCGGAAGACCAAGGCAGAAGAAGAAGAAAAAAAUAUACCAGCCCGGGGCCAACUAAUUCGGCCGUUUGUUUAAAAUUCUGGUCGAUUUUCUGCACAAAACGUUUUGAUAAUGGUGAGCCAGCUAAGCCCUCCGGAACGUUAUCCAUACAAUUCCCCUGUUCCACUGAGCCCAUCACAUUUCUCAGAUUAUCGGCCCGGAUCUCUUGUGUUUGCUAACCCGGCAUUCCCAGCCAGAAUAACAUUGCCGAUAAAGACAAGGGAAACUGGAAUGGACAUUCUUGGAUUAUAAACCGUUAUCAGCCAGCCAUAUCCAACCCGUUUUUUGCAAUCCCUGGGGCUCUAACCCACGUUCUUUUGGUUUGAAGUCCCACGCUCUAACCACUGAACCACAGGCUCGUUGUCCUGUGAUUUGCUGUCGGGCAUAUUAGCGAUGGUAGGCGGGCGUUCACAGUAAUUUGGGGUCCAAGCUCCCCUGGUUCUUAUCAUUGGAAAUCCUGAUACUCUGCGUAGACUAGGGUGUGUGGUGGCACGUCUAGCGCGGGUUCGUGUUGUGCCAAUCACUUGCGUCCGAUCACGCUUCCGGUCUUCUUGACUGUCUUGACGCCGGACAUAGAUGAGAGAGGAGACAGUGCGGUAGGCGCUUCGCUAGUCUGACCACUGUAAAUUAACUCACGCGCAAGUCACCGUCCCUGCUUCCACUAUGCCGUAGGGCACACGAUGGACAUAGUCUAAAAACAAUGAGCAAACUGUCAUGCUCGUGCCGAUGCUUUCAUACAGACAGAGGUAUAUUCCGGGCAUUUAACUAGUGUUUGCGGAUGCAAUUAGCUUUUAAACCGGACUCAGGACCAUGUGUCUGUCGAGCAAGAUACAUUUCGAAUGUCUGCAUGGAUUGACCAAUGGGAACUUGCAGUGAGUGCGAAAAAAUUCCGUUUCUUCAUUGGUAACAUCGAGUUAGAUCCAGGAUAUCUUCCUGUGCACAGCUUCAAGCGACGAAGACGUUUCGCAAAUUGAAUGUGCUCCCGAUAUACUGGUUGCAACCCCUACUAAUCCGGUGUCAUCGAAACAAUGCUUACAUUUCGCUGCCAUAACAUGACGUACACUCUUUCCCAUUCGUAGACGCAAUCAUUGCCGAAUGGAGGCUAAAGUUCGUGUUCCAGGUGUAUGUAUGAGCAAAGAAAACUGGCCGAGCACCGGAACUGCCUAACAAAAAUGAGAUCGCGGAAAAUGAAUGACGUUAAAUGAAAGCAACUGGCACCGCUAUUGCUCGGUUCUAUGGUCUGUCAAAAAUACACAAACCAAAUGUCCCACUGCGACCAAUCGUUACCUUUAAAGGCUGCCCCAUAUAUAAUUUGGCAGAGUGGGUUCUUAAAACUGAAGUUCCUCAAGGGAAAUUCGAUUACCCCAGCUCGAUCAGCCUCUCAAUUUCUCAUAGACGCCGUAGGUUGGGGGAUUCAAUCAAACAAAAUCGUGCUUUCUUUUGAUGUGACGUCACUAUUCACAUUCAUCCCACCAAACUUGGCGCACGAGGUCUUGCGCAAGAGACUUGAAGAGGCGUACGACGAGACUCGAAAUCCACCUAAGGUUAAGCACCUCAUGAGGCUGUCUGAAUUCUCCCAACAUAUGUACUACUUUUUUGUUGGGGAGAUCUAUGAGCAGGUCAAGGGAACCCCAAUGGGCUCAUUGGUCCCCGACUAAGCGACAGAGCUAGUCCUACAACAGCUAGAAAAUAUUGCCUUCAUCCAGCGUAAGCCGGUAUUUUGACUCAUUUUGUCAUCCAUCAAGGAAGUCUCUGAAGCGACCAAGCUCAGUGCUGCAGAACUAGGCGUUGGAAAUGCACAUAGGCCCAAAGCCAUGAAAAUAAAAGACCGAUUAAGUCCCGAGGAGCAGUCUGGGGGUAGUGUAUCGCAUCCCGUGCCAAAGCCAUCCGUGCAACUGCACAGGUCAGACCAUGCGCAUGCUUGGGUCGCGCAUACCUGAAAAUAAGCUGGCUGUGCCACGAGGCGGCGAACUAUCGCGAGUGGCCGCACAAACCUACGAAAUGCACCAUGAGUUUAACUUCACAGCCACCAAGGUACUCACCCUCACCGCAAACAUAGCAGGUCGAGAAUUGAUUGAAUCUUGGGUCUCCGAUGAGAACUCAGUCAGUUGAUUUAUCGAUCUGGCGCCACCGCACAGGGCUCUGUGCAGUCAUCACUAGUCCCGCGGCAUCAGUCGAUGAUUGACUAGCACCCGCUAUAAUUGUCGCACGUUCUAUUGCUACUACUAUCUCUGACGAUGGAUUCCCGCACGAGUUCGAAAGCUCAGGAGAAUAAACAAACUGGUCCGGUGCUCGACGUGUCUUUGACCAUCUACCAGCAUAAACUUUGCUAUUCAAGGCCUUGCCCAAUCAGUAAAGGAAAUAAGACGAACGGACAUUAAAGAACUGGGAAUGGCAAAGCGAAACUGGCUGCCAUCAUAUGAAUGAUUAAAAUCAUCCAACCCUGGUUAAUUAUAACCCUGAAUGAUAUACAUAUAUACAUAUUAUUUAGACGAAAAUACUGCCUCAUUUUCUGCUUGCAGCCUUAUUUAUGCAAACCACGUUCCUUCUAACCCAACCUGAAUGCCCUCUCUAAUGGCCUUUCGCGAUGGGUGGAACGUAAGGGGGGCUGCAGAACUUGGAAGACUGGAGUGACGCUACGAAUAAGAUAUGACGAUGUGCGUGCUGCAAAGUGCGAUCAUAGUAAUAAUGAAUACAAGCACAGUUGGUCCUAGCCAUUAAAAAAAGUCAUCGAAGAGCAGCAAGUCAGUAAUGUAUGAAAAUCAGGAAAGCGACAAUGUUUCGAGGUUAGAGUUAGUGAUGACACGUAAGCUGGAAAAAAGACUUUCCCCCUUGUAAGAUGCUAAAUUUGAGUGAGGACAAAUAAAAUGAAUCGGUCGGGAACUUCUUGGAUAAUGUGGGCGAUCUGUGUAUUAGGAAUACCUCGCACCACUACAGACCAAAAGGACCUCCGUAAAAAGUCUAAAACACGGCAUAAGACUCAGCCGUGACACUUUUAGAUAUUCUGACAAGUUCACGUAAGAAUGUGCUAGGAUAUAGAGCUAAACCGAAGUACUUAAGUGCUCUGCACAAAUUCAGAAGACAGGGGAAGUGCAGCCAACAGAGAAACGACCAGUGCAAUGGCACAACAACAGCAUGAUCACCUAGAUUACUCAUCAAAGCAGGGAACGCCAACAAAACAGGUCGAGAAUCGAUUGAAUCCUGGGUCUCUGAUGCGGUCUGGCGCCGCCGUACAGGGCCCUGCGCAGUUAUCUCUAGUCCUGCGGCAUCAGUCAAUGAUUGACUAGCAUCCGCUAUAAUCGUCGCACGUUAUAUUGUUACCACUAUCUCUGACGAUGGCCUCCUGCACGAGUUCGAAAGCUCAGGAGAAUAAACAAACUGUGCCGGUGCUCGACGUGUCUUAUUCCCAACCCAUACAUUCAAUACCUCAGUGAUUGAAACUUUGUCGUAUUGUGUACUACAAUUGCUUCACCGCGUCUUGAAUAUUAUUCACUAGCGUAGCACUUUAGCCGCGUCCAGGAAGUCGAUCUUUUGUGAGAAAUUCAGGAACUGACAGCAAAGGCUGUUCGUUCUCUCUGACAUCUAAGCUAAGAGGAACGUCUAAGCGAGCUUAGACUUCCCACGCUGCAGCUGAUGCGGCAACCGGUGGAUGUAGCUGAGGUUAUCAUAGUUAACAUAACAGACGAUGUAGACUGAAUUACUUUCGCAGUCUCUUGAAAACUGUCGGCUUGAAAACUGGCUAUUCCGAAAACUGGGGUUCCUUACCAUGGAUUUACAAACAACAGUGCACUCAGCAGAACGAAUUCUCGACAAAAUAAAGGCGUUCACAAUCGAGCCGAUUGAAAGGAUGGUGUCAUUUGAUGUCAUCUCACCAAUCACGUUCGUACCACAGGCCCUGGCGAUCCAAACGCUCAGUGACCUACCACGUCAAAAUUACGAUGAGAACGAGGACUAACCCUCAGCUCAGGAUCUCAUAGAACUCAUGGGGCACUACCUCAAAGCAUUCUUUAUCUUCGAAGGGAUCACAUAUGAACAAAUUUAGGGCACUCCGAUUGGCUCCCCAAUCUCCGGCCUCACUGCCAAUGAGGUUCUGCAAAAGCUCGACAGGCGACUGCUCGAGGAGUACAAACCCAAGUCUUGGGUGCGUCACGUUGACGGCACCUUCAUAGUCAUCAACCAGGAUAAAAUUAGCUACUACGGGGACCAACUUAACGCCAUCAUCCCAAACCUACAGUUCACGAUGGAGAAAGAAGUGGAGGACAAACUCGAAUUCUUGGAUGUUCUCGUCUGCCGCCAGCCGGGCGGCAAAAUAGCGAAAUCUGUCUACAGUAAACAGACGAACACGCUGUAAAUGCUCAGUUACUACAGUAACCACCCACUGAAACACAAAGCUGUGUACACACGCCAUUCCGGUGAGUGGAAACUCAUUGUAUCACGCCAGCCGCCAGAUUGGACGAGAUGAAGCUCCUUCUUGGGCUGUUCAGGGCCAACGACUAUCCAUGAGCAUUCGUUGGACGGAGCCGAAUGCAGCAAAGGAAGAGGAAUGAAGAAUACAAUCUGUCAAGAUCGUAGUGAAGCCCUCUGUACAUGAAAGGCGUCUCCGGAGCCGUAGCUAGAUUCCUCGCGCCACCCGAAAUAGGAGUUGCUCACAGGCCUGAGUCAGCAAUUCGCCGGCAAGUGACGCGGCCAAAAGACCCUAUCCCUAAACAGAAGAUAUCGGCCGUUGUCAACCGACUUCAGUGCAGCUGCAAGACGUGUAACUACGUUAGAGAAACCGACCGAUGGUUGCAGACGCGAAUGCACGAGCAUCAGUUGGCCGUGCGAAUGUUGGACCCAAAGUCGAAUCAGAUCAGUGCAUUUUAAGUAAAGGGCAGAGGCCCUUGAGAACUCCAUUUUAAAAUAUACAGGUGCACGCGAAAAGCAGUUAAAUUGUAAAGAUUUACAGAUCAUUUCAGCAUGCGAAAUGAACAAGACUGAUAGUGAAACUGGAGUGUCAAAAAACUAGUGAAUUUGUCAAACAACAGUUAACAACAUAUUGACUGCAUUUGCACGCCAUUAAGUUCGACAGUGUUAAAGUUAAUGCAAACAAAAUGAGUUAUUAAAAUCGAUAUAGUAGGAUGUUUAUAGUUAUUACUGUGGCUUGUUAGGUGCGUUUCGGGAGUCCAGGCUGACCUCUGCCAGGUGAGCAUCCAGACGUCUCUUACGCACACUCGCAUUGGUAGAAUACGUCGAUAAAGAAUUCCACUGUUGAAUGACUCUGCGAGAAAAAGGAGGAGUGUUGAUUGGUGCGGCACAGCCACUUUUUAAGUUGGCAAUUGCGAUGUCGAAGAUUCGUUUUUGGUGCCAUUUCGAAGACUUCUCCAGACCACAUCAACAUCUAAUCUCCGUAGUAACCGAAACUUUAGUAUGUUAUCUCUGUUUUAUCUAUAGCGGAGGGUCUAGAGGUUUAAGACGGUCAGGUGCUGCUCGUGCGUCAAAAUCUUGAGUUCAGGAACAGGCUUUCCAAGACAUCGCUGUACACCUUCAAGAAUGUCUGUCUUUCCGAAGCGCUGGCCGCUAAGCUUGUACCACAUAUUCCUGGUGUGGCAGCACAAAUGCUCCGUAUACCUUGCCGAACAUAUCUGCGUCCAGUUUGACAAACUUUCUAUGUAUUUCCCGCAUUGUUGACGUUCCUCGCAUUACGAGUUUGGAACACCGUGUUGUUACGCUUAAAUCGUCAUUAACGAAUACUCCAAGGUCUUUUUUGAACACUUACUGUUUUAAGUGGCUGAUUUUUCACAAGAUACUGUCGUGAAGGUACACUUCUUCUUCGUCUUGCUGACAUUAUGCGCAUUACUACACAUUUGUCGACAUUGCAUUUCAUGCGCCAGAGCCCGCCCCAUUCCUGCAGCCCUUAUGUAUCCUGCUGCAAUAUCUGGAGUCUCCCCCACAGCUUGAGAUCGCCUGCAAAGAGCAGUAUGUCAGUCAUUUACAUAGGUAAUAAAUAGGAGCGGCUUAGUAACCUUUUUUCUACGAUCAGUUACGAAAUCUUGAAUCCAGUCCAGGACGUCCAAUCGAACAUCUUUUAGAUGAGACGCUUUCGUGGAGCACAAUCAAGGACCUUGCUGACGUCAAAAUAGAUGUCAUCAACGGGGCGUCCCUCGUCCACUGCCUUUGACCAGUGUUCGGGCGAUGUAGGGAGGCUUGUGAGGCAGGACCUAUUCUCAUGUCGCGCAAAUGGGACACAUCUUCAACUUUGACGCCGUUGAGAUUGUGGGCCGGGGCGAUGAUCAUACAUCAAGGCAGGUGCAAGAAGCCUGGAUGUCCACCGACUGUUCUGUCAACCGCCACACUAAUUUGCCUCCCCCCUAUCUAGUUUUACAAACCUUCUUUGACGGAGGACAGUUACGGCGCGGAACAAUAGUAGUCGCAAAUUAUCUCCGCGACCAACGAGGCCGGGGCGAUACGGGUCACAGUGAAAUGCGGGUCGGAUGCAGUCACACAGGCGGCAUUGACAGAGUACGCAUGGAACAAAGUGCGCCUUAUAAUGAGAGCUGUGUGCAUGACUUUCUAGUAUCUGAAGAUGGGUAGGCGAAGUAACCGCUCGAAACGUCAGGCCUCCAAUAAAUCUCUCCCGGCGAACGUGCCUGCUUUUUUGAUUACAACAACCUUUCCAGGCAGGCAAACAUACCGCAAACAACUUAUCUUUCGAAGUUCAGUAUGCAUGCGCGGUUUUAAACGCUUCGCGUGCCUCAAAGGAUUGACUUUAUGGAGAGACUGUAAAAAUAAUUCUGUCUUCAUCGUCUGUUAUGUUAACUAUGAUAACCUCAACUGCAUCCACCUGUUGCCGCACCAGCCGCAGCGUGGGAAGUCUAAGCUCGCUUAUACGUCCCCCUUUGCUUAGAUGUCAGUUCCUAAAUUUCUCACAAAAGACCGACUUCCUAGACGCGACAAAAGUGCCACGCUAGUGAAUAAUAUUCAAGACGCGGUGGAGCAAAUGUAGUACACAAUAUGACAAAGUUUCAAUCACUGAGGUAUUGAAUGUAUGGGUUGGGAAUAAGACACGUCGAGCACCGAAACAGUUUGUUUAUUCUCCUGAGCUCUCGGACUCUUGCAGGAGUCCAUCGUCAGAGAUAGUAGUAACAAUAGAACGUGCGACGAUUAUAGCGGAUGUUAUUCAAUCAUCGACUGAUGCCGCAGGACUAGAGAUGACUGCGCAGGGCCCUGUACGGCGGUGCCAGACCGCAUCAGAGACCCAGGAUUCAAUCGAUUCUCGACCUGUUUUGUUGGCGUUCCCUGCUUUGAUGAGUAAUCUAGGUGAUCAUGCUGUUGUUGUGCCAUUGCACUGGUCGUUUCUCUGUUGGCAGCACUUCCCCUGUCUUCUGAAUUUGUGCAGAGCACUUAAGUACUUCGGUUUAGCUCUGUAUCCUAAGACAUUCUUACGCGAACUUGUCAAAAUAUCCAGAAGUGCCACGGAUGAGUCUUAUGCCGUAUUUUUGACUUUUUAUGGAGGUCCUUUUGGUCUGUAGUGGUGCGGGAUAUUCCUAGUGCACAGAUCGCCCACAUUAUCCAAGAAGUUCCCGACCGAUUCAUUUUAUUUGUCCUCAAAUUUAGCAUCUUACAAGGGGGAAGUCUUUUUUCCAGCUUACAUGUCAUCACUAACUCUAACCUCGAAACAUUGUCGCUUUCCUGAUUUUCAUACAUUACUGACUUGCUGCUCUUCGAUGACUUUUUUUAAUGGCUAGGACCUACUGUGCUUGUAUUCAUUAUUACUAUGAUCGCACUUUGCAGCACGCACAUCGUCAUAUCUUAUUCGUAGCGUCACUCCAGUCUUUCAAGUUCUGCUGGCCCCGUUACGUUCCACCCAUCGCGAAAGGCCAUUAGAAAGGGCAUUCAGGUUGGGUUAGAAGGAACGUGGUUUGCAUAAAUAAGGCUGCAAGCAGAAAAUGAGGCAGUAUUUUCGUCGAAAUAAUAUGUAAAUAUGUAUAUCAUUCAGGGUUAUAAUUAACCAGGGUUGGAUGAUUUUAAUCAUUCAUAUGAUGGCAGCCAGUUUCGCUUUGCCAUUCCCAGUUCUUUAAUGUCCGUUCGUCUUAUUUCCUUUUAAUGAUCGGGCAAGGCCUUGAAUAGCAAAGUUUAUGCUGGUAGAUGGUCAAAGAGGAUGCCACGAAUUUGGCUUCUGCAUCUGUGGUUACAACUAUUCCGAUUUAUCGGUCAUUCAUGAGGUCGUUCUCGGAAUUUACAUCGGCACGGGAGGGAUUUGCUUCACUCUUGGGACGUACCUUGAAUAUCGGUGAGCAAACUCAUUUUUCACACGUUUCCGUCACAAGUAACACACCUGCGGACUCGUUAAACAGUACAGACUGAAUGCAUACUUUCAGGUCUUUUCCUUGCUCUCGGCUAGGCAGGGCACCACUGAUGGCAGAGUACACGUCUAUCUUACCAGCUGUUCCAUGUGUUUCUACUAGGUUUUCAAGUUGACAUCGGUGCCCCAUCGUUGGCAGUUGGAGCCCCUUUCAGUCUCACCUCUGGCCUUAGGUUCCAAAUGGGGCGAACAAGCUUUGUUGACCGGCUCGGAACCCUUUCCGGAACAUCCGUGUCGCUUACGAGGUAUGGAGACCACGUAGGCGGGCAGCAUUAGUGGUGUGUCUGAAUAACCAUGGUUUAUAGCACCCGAAGGCCUUGCGUGAGAGUGUGGCGGACUCACCUACGAAUGAGGAAGAAUGUAAUUCAAGGUUUGGCAGCAGGCUGUUAGAAUUGAUAAUUUCUAAUUUGGCAUUUGAUCCAAUCAGUGGACUGGCUUCGCCGCUUGAGGCUUUGAGUGAACGCGUUUCAUAAGGGAAUCCAAUUGGUCAAUCCUUUUGUAGGAGUCUUGCGUCUGUAUUCAGGGAAGUUACUGCGACACCUUUGAGCCAGUAUACCAGAUUGAAUCUCAGCGUUCCUUAGACGCCAAGGAACCCUCUCAUUUCAAGCAUUACCGUUUAUGAUUGCUGUUUCAUUGUUUUUCAAGGUCUGUUCGUGUUUAGCGAACUUUUUGACAAUCCUAUAAUCAAAUCCCUCGAUGAGAAGGAUAGUUCCCGCGAUUUGGCUCUGCUUCGAUUGUUUUGCUACGGCACGUACAAUGACUAUAAGAUGGCCCAGACCUCCUACCCUCCGUUGACUCCUCUCCAAGUACGAAAGCUGCGGCAACUGAGCAUAAUAUCUGCCUGUUAUUCGCAAAAACUCAUACCUUACGACCGCCUAUUGCAAAUGUUGGAGUUGUCAUCUCUGCGCGAGCUGGAAGAUCUCAUCAUAGAACUCUUCUACCUCGAAGCUGCCUGCGGUAAACUGGAUCAGCAGAAGGGCCUGCUCGUUGUUGAAUCGGCCAUAGGGCGAGACCUUCGUGAGACUGAGGUAACAUGAUUUCCCGUCUUUACUCUUACAUUGCCUUGCACUGUUACAUUCUGUUGAAUCACUUUAGAUGACGUUCUUUCAGGGUUUAUCUGGCACUUUUUGGGUAGGACACUCACCAGAACUGUAUUUUUACGCGCUGGUAAAUGCUCCCUCAUUCUUUCAGCUGCCCAAGCUGCGUUCCGACCUUGAGGCUUGGUGCAACCGUGUGGAUGUAGUGGUCAGCGAGGUGGUCGGCGAAAUGGAGAAGGCGAAGAAACUAAAGCAUGAUUGGGAAGUGGGCCGAGCCGCGCUUGCCGAGAAGGUCAACUUGCUGAACUCCUUAGGCAAAAAGGACUCUGGAAAGUUCGAUGUGAGUCAAGCUUCUGUGCUCCAUUUUUCAUUUCUAUCCCCCAAAUUACUUGUGUCUCUAGUAGACCUCGUUUUAACCAACUUGAGCGGUUCGUGAUAGUCCCUCUCAUUUAUCAGCCUCUUCCACUGCCUGUUCCGAUGAAAGAAAGUUGCACGGGUUGUCUAUGGUCUACGUUUUUAAUUGGUCGUUGGUGUGCCGGUCGUGCCUUUUUUAAAAAUUCAAUCGGAGUGAAUAGUUACCUCUCUUAGUCUCCCUGGGAAAAUUUUGCCCAGAAUGUUAGCGUCCAGAGUAGCUGUCCAACACGCCCCUGGCCAGCAGGUAGUUGAAUAUCCAGCAGCGGCAAGAUGAAGGACCCCAAUUAGCUGUUGGUAGACUGUGGAUCGCGUGCUGAUGUAUGCACAGUAGGUGGGCUAAUUCAUGAAAUGCCAACCGAAAUUCUAGAAUGAGUUUUCGUUUCGAAAAGACUAAUUAAGUAGGGUUGUAAAACUACUCGCUGUACAGCAUAAUUCUAUAAUAAUUCAGUUACUCCGAGAUGCUGGCUUUCGAACGAACUUCUUUUCGGCCGCAUGCAUAAACCUGUAAAUCUGUAAAAAAUGACCACUUAAGUAGCAUGCAUUUUUCUCAUUGAUUUUCGAUGCCCUUAAAAAUUCAAUUAUAUUUCAUAGAAAACACGCAUAAAAAUAUUCAUUCUUUUGCUUUUUCAGUAGAAAAUUACGUCUUCUUUCAACUUUAUACUCGAAUGAAGCAUAUAAAUCGGAUUUAAAAAGUUUCUAAUCGUGCAAAUCUUGGUCCUGAUGUGUCAAUUUUGAUCGUAAUAGCGUAAAAUGAGGAACCUAUGCUUCACGCUAGUGCGGAAACGUAAUCAGUCUGACUGUCCUCUGUAAGCAUUUCUAUUGCCGAGCGGACCACCAGCAAUAAAUAUGUUUGCCGCUGUAAAGGCGACACACUGUCCUUUUGCCCAGUUUCCUCCAUUCACCGGGGAAAUGGGCAGUUUGGUUGUCCGACCGAGCUUCUGAACUGUGCUUUCGAUUCGAAAAGAUUACUUAAGUAGGGCCGUAAUAUUAAUUGUCAUGCAGCCCAAGCCUAAUAUGUUUCCGUCACGCCAGAAUGACGGCUUCUGAACGAACUUAUUUUCGGUCGUUUGCAAAACCGGACUCUGUAAAAAUGACUACUUAGGUAGCAUUCAUUUUUUUCCUUGAUUUUCGAUGCCCUUAUAAAUUCAAUCAUAUUUCAUGGAAAACAUGCAUAUAAAUAUUCAUUCUUUUACUCAUUCGGUAGAAUAUUACGUCUUCAUCCACUUUUGUACUCAUAGAAAGGGUAUACUUCGGUUUUGAAAAAGUUUAUAAUUGUGAGAUGUUUAAUACCAUGAAAUGGCCAUUCAUAAAACGUCAUGUCUCUGCAUUUACCAAUGUCGCUUGUAAAGUUAACAGAAUGUCUCAAACCCACUGCUAAAUUUUAUGAACCCCAUAUGGUUUCCUCUUAAUACCGUAGAGAAAUGUAUGGUUUUCCGUAUGCGGAAAAUAUACGGCUUGUAGUUUGGAAACCCUGAUGCAAGUGUAAAGACAGGUCGGGGUUCGAAAUUAUUCGGAAACUGGGAAAGUUUUUGAACACCGAAUUAUACCCAUCCUUUGAUUAUAAAAUCGGAAGAAUGAACAAAAUAAUGAGCAUUUUUAUGCAUGUUUUCUGUAAGAUAUAUUUAACUUUAUAAGAGCAUCGAAAAUUUAGGAGAAUUCAUGCUGCAUAAGUAGUCAUUUUUUACAGAACGUAGUUUUUGCAUGCGGCCGGAAAGAAGUUUUUUAGAAAGCCGGCAUCCUGAGGUAACUGAAUAAUUAUAAAAUUAUGCUGCACGAUGCUUAGUUUCACAACCCUAGUUAAGUACUCUUUUCGAAACGAAAACGCUUUUCGGAAUUUCGGUUGACAUUUCAUGAGUUUGCGCACAGUAUACCGACAGUUAAUUGGGGUCAUUCACCCUACCUCUGCCAAAUAUCCUUCCGGUAACCGGGACCCCAUUAAAUCAGGUACGAAAAAGUACAGGUAAAAUGCAGCCGAGUUCCAUCGAACCACAAUUUUGUCCUGGCUGAUCUGUCAAUAGCUCACUGACGCAAAUGACAGAAACAGGUCGCAAGUCGAAAGGGGCGUUAUAAUGCAACAAAUACUGGCUGCCAUUAAGUAGGACUUCAGUCAACACCACCGCCUCAUGGAUUUGCGUCUGUGGGGGGGAAUUUGGGAGGCAUCCACAUCGUAUCUCCGCCAUCUUACAUGACUGCAGUGCAUAGAACGCAACUUAUGUCCACAAAAACGGGUGCCGCGUAGUCCCCGCUAAAAGGCCGAAUAUUAGGUAUGGUAACUGGCAUUCCUCAACAAUUUGCUAGGAUGUGUGUGUGCCCUCGAAUGCACUAGGAUACGAUCACUGACCCUGCACAAUUAAACUUUGACAUCGCGGACUCGUGCAAAGUGGCAAAGGGCAUAUUUCAACUGACCGACGCCAUCUAUCACCCUUACCGCAGCAUUCAGCGGGAAGACUCGGACAGGUAUGGUGUUACCUUCGCCACUAGGUAAACAAUUCAUUUAUGACUCGGAAAUUCGCCUCUAUUCUAGGCAUUAUUGUUUGUUCUAAUGCGAAAGACGGCAACGAGGAAACAUUCUUUGACUGCCGCCUCCAUCCCUGUGACCUGACUGUCGUAGCCGGAAGAGAUGUUCCCAUGGACUGAUAAGCACAGUCCGAAAAUUGCUUAAUUGGUUGUCUCCAUAACACUGCCAUCCGAUUUCUCUGUAUUACUGGAAACAGGCUGCUUCCAGUCGAAGUGGGGCUUACAACAGUAGGCGAAAUACUUCUGCUCUGGCAUCCAGAUAGUUGUAGAAUCAGCAAAUCUUAUUGAAAACGUUUAGAGACACUGAAAUGACAAUUUCUGGCACAUUAGUUGUCAUUAACCCGUAGUAUCCCAACUUUAGGUGCGCUGCCAUGUGGGUUGUUGAUCAGUUACACUGUUGCUGUUUUUAUCUUUGACGAAGGCUUCUUGUAAGAGUUCGAAAGCCCACAAAAAUAGACAAAUGGCGCCGGUGCUCGACCAGCCUCCCUCUUCUCUACUCACACCAAAUACUGUCUACUUGAGCAACUUGGCUCGCCCUCUGUCUGCGGAGAUCGGGAAAAGGUAAGGUUGCGUGGGAGUGGCGGAAAUGUUGUCUCACCUGGGAAUUGCGUCCUUAUGAGAGAACAUAGCGCGAGAGCUGAUCAGUCCGAGGGACCGGAAGAGACCAGAGCUUGGGACCUAACUGCCAAGGUUGCACCAAUAGUCCAUCAAGUUCGAGUCGACAAGGUUCCGGACAAAUGUUGCCUAUCAGCCGAAGUCUAAAAGGUCUGUCUUAGUGUAAUUCCUCUCCGUCUCAAGUGGACAUAGAGCGCCGAGUCUCUCCGGCGGAACCGGAGCUACGAAGAUUGAGAAAUUCAUCUAGAUGCCGCAGUUUUUGAGGCAUUAACUUACGCUCUAUCUCCGCAAAGCUCCAUGAAUUUCACCGUAAAAGCAAGGCAGAGGUGUUUGUCGGUCUGGAAACUAGUCAGCCGACCAUCUAUCUAGUCUGCGACUGAUCCGAGACCGAAGAUGCUGUUUUCGAUGGAAGACGUUCGUCUUUUCUGAUUUCGUGUCAGUACGCGACUCGGUCGACGAAAUCUCCUUUUCAGUUUCAUAGAGGAUAAUGUUUGCUUUUGAACUUCGGAACCUACGGAUGUCAGAUUAUCCGCCGCCAUGGCCAAAGCUCCUUAUACAAUAAAAUAAAACCAGUACACCGUCAGUACGAACCUCGCAGAAGACCAUGCAGUGGAUGCAAUUAUAUCUACACCACCCCUCAACUACGAAUACCUAGGCGGGACAGAAACUCUUAAUCCCGGGCCCUGAUUUUGUCGAGACGUUGCUUUAGUUUGAAAAUAAGGGGGUGAAAUUUGAUCUGGCCAUGAAAUCCUGGAAGCGAAGUAAUGCUCAAUACCUCCAUACCUCAAUAGUAGUUUUAUCAUUUAUGAUAGUAUUGAUGUGGUAGAUCCCUUCUCCCACCUUGAUUCUUCUGGGUUGCUGCUCCGAAUAUGCUAGGAAGGCGUAAACUACCAAGCUUGCGUUUUGUCGCUUCCCAGAGUUACAAAGUUAAAUAGGAACAUACGGUGUGUGUGCUUGUAGCUGCAGUCAACGCUAUUCUGUGUUCUACUGCUGCCGUCUCCAGCCGGUGCUUCGGCUGGUAGGCCAUGCUUGAAUGUGAAAUCGCAUCACCAACCAAGGUCGAUGAUCCAGUGGCAGUUUCGACCACGUUGCACGAUAACUCCGGAUACAGUUUACUCCAACCGAGAAUACUUUAAAAGCGUCCUGAAUUUCAUUACAAAGAAGACAGGGAAGAGGAUGGGAUUAUCUACGAGUCUCGCUAUCAAAGAACACCACCGGUCCAUGCUAAGGGUAUCAGGGUAUCAGUGACCGACUCCCAUCCCUCAUGUCGUUGUCAAAUUUAUCCAUUUAACGGUGUUGGGUGGAGUCUGUUAUGUUUACCUCUAAACGGUACCAGUUUACAGGUGGAGAAACUGGUUUCUGAUGCCUAAAGCCUCGCAAAAUCUGUUUCAGCACUGGCUCCAAAGAAUCAUAAUGCGAGUCGACUGGUGUACUGGAAAUGCUCAUAAAAGUGUAUUCUCUUGUUUUUCGCAUACGGUUAUUUACAUAAUAAGUUUGCUAGUUGCGUCAUGUAAGGAAAUGUUCCACUUCUUUGACGUGUCCAAGCUGCCAGACAGUAGUACCAUGAGGAUGAGAGAAUCCAGUUUUCCAUUUAUCUGACUUUGACGGACAAAUUCGACUUUUCUUUGAACACCGUGUGGAGCUACAACCUGAGAUUUCGUGACCCUGCGUUGAUGGCUAGUUAUCCCAUUUUAAAGGUAGCAUGCCCUUCUGGGUCGGGCUUCUGACUGCCUACACCCAAACAUUUUUGGCGAUCUCUUGGCGUGUUACCCGUUUGUUCAUCCGCAGAUCUUUCCAGGAUGGCUUUCGAGAAUUUAAAUCACGGGUAAAACUGCGGGCUGAUUACUUGAGGGGUCCGGGAUUCCCCAUGUGGAGAGCGCGCUGAACAAAGCUGAAAAACUUUGCCAAAAACCGUGAAGUCUGUGGGGAGUCGGAACCAAGAACUCUUGUUUCCCCCAGCCGUCGCUUGCAACGUUUCGCUGCCGCAAAUCGGUUUGACUUUGUCCAUGAAUAACACAAGUAUUCCGUUCGUGGUCGUCGGCCGUUUACUUUAGUUCUAGGAGUUGGCCAGCUUGUCCUAUAGCUACUUCAGUAAUUCAUGUACGCCUAUUGUGUCCAGCAAGCAGUGAGCUAAGGUGAUUGGAAUUAACCCUAUUCACUGUUUGUUUUUUCUUUAUUCUUUCUUCUAUCUGAUGUGUACCUUUUCUGUCAUGAAGCCUGAAUCCCUAAUGGAAGUCGAGGAUUGGAUCCCCCAUCCGGACAUUCUGACAGAAGGGGGCAGCCAGUCGCAGCCCAAGUUGGCCCCGCUAAUGGGCUCUCCCUCCCAGGCCGGUGAUCGAGAUCCGCGUGGUCGAAAAAAUCCCCUCAAGAGCAUGAGGUCGGGCAAAAAGUCAAAGUAA